UUGUUAAAGAAUGGUGUAAAGUCUAAGCAGAGGGAGCUGAAGACGGGAGGAUAGAUGGAAGUGAAUGAGGGUGACAUAUCGGAGGUGAUAGAUGUGGUGAAGUUAUCGAAGACCGAGGCAGAGUUUAGGACAACCAAUGAUAAGAAGGACCCAUCCCUUUAUAAGUACGGUCUUGAUGGAGAGUCAUUCUGCCAAACCUAGUACAUAGUCUAAAAAAAACAACAAAAAAAACAUGCAUCUCAAAGUAGUGAUCUUCGCCUUGUCGUUUUUGACAACCACAGCAUUCCCACUCCACCGUACCAGCAGAGAAGCAUCACAGGCCCUACAGGACAUAAUGACCAAUCAGGCUCAUGAGAAGACAGACCUCAACAAGGAUGUCAAUGGGAUGUGGAAGAGCCAUGUGGAGAGCAGCAACCUGUACACCCAGGACAGCCCCAACCCCAUGGUGAGCGAGAUCAGGCACAAGCUUACCCUGGAGUCCGAGAGGCUGCGCGCCCGCCUUCGCCAGGAGCUCGCUAAGUUGAGGGAGAGGCUCGCCGUGUACCCUGCCCACACCCAGUCCAGCGAGUCCACCCUGGCCAGCGUGAGAGAUCGCCUGGCCCCACUGAUCAAGCAGCUCCAGAGCGCCGUGAACAGCAACAGCCAGGAGCUGUGUAGCCACCUCAGGCUCUACUUUCAGGGAUUGGAGGCUGCGGAAAGCCAGGCAGCGGCCGGACCCACCCUAUACCUGGAGGCCGUGCAGUGGAUCAGCCAGACCUUGGAUGACAGCAGUGCCAAAAUGACCUCCGUCAUCCAGGACUUCAAAACCAAGACAUCCAGCAUGAUCAGGGAGCUCAAUGGUACCUUCCAGGGGGACUUCUGGCAGGAGGUGAACGUACGGCUGGGGCAGGAGGUGCAGGCGUUGAGUCUGGAGGUCCAGGGCAGGGUGGGGGUGCUGAAAGCAAAGCUGGCCCAUCUCCUGCUGGCUCCACACCCCCUCACGGCAGAGGUGUUCACCAGCAUGGAGCAGUUCUGCCAGAGUGCCACCUUACAGGACCAGUUGUUCCAUGCCAGAAUAGAGAAGCACCUUCUGGGGCAGGAGUCACAGGCUCAGAGCCCCAGCGAGCCGCCCUCUCCACCUCUGGGCUUAUUGGAGGAGGACUUCUCUGCGAAACUAAGCGCUCUCCUCCAGGACAUUCUGCACACUGUCCAGUAAAAGCAGAACAGAACUUUACUCAUAGCAAAAUGAGAGAGAAAGACAUUUAAACUAUAUUGUUGUUUCUGCUCCUUGUGCUUAUAUAUAUAUAUAUAUAUAUAUAUGUCAACUCCUCUACCAUUGUAUAUACAGUACAGUAAGUAAUCCAUGUAUAUUUAUGUUUUUGCUGUUGUUUAUUUCAUGUGGAUGAUUGUUGUAAGGCAUUUUAUUUUGUCAACUGUAAAUAAAGCUUGUGUGAAGUUUA